GGCGGUGCGGACACUGACUCCUCCGCGGUGUGUGUGUGUCAGAGUGUUUCCUCUGGAUCAUGAGUCGGAACGAACUGUAUUUCUUCUCUUCUGGAUUCUGAAGACUUUCAACAAAACUAAAUCAGAACCUUGUGAGAAGAUGGAGAACAAGGAGGAAUCAAAGAGUAGUUCAGUCAGCGUUCUGUCCUGGGAGCAAGUGAGCCGGCUCAAUGACGUGCUAACUGCGGUCGUGCCUGUUCACGGACGAGGCAACUUCCCCACCUUAGAGGUGCGCCUCAAAGACAUUGUGGCCUGGGUGCGUACCCGCCUGGAGCUGAGGGGCAUCCGAGUGAAGGACAUUCGUCUCAACGGCUCCACGGCCAGCCACGUGCUGGUGCAGGACAUCGGCUGGAGCUACAAAGAUCUGGACGUCAUCUUCAGGGUGGACCUGCCGCACGAGAGAGAAUACCGCGUCAUUAAGGACGUGGUAAUGGGCACCCUGCUGGACUUUCUGCCUGAGGGAGUGAACAAGGAUAAAAUUACUCCCAUGACCCUGAAAGAGGCUUACGUCCAGAAGCUGGUGAAGGUCAACACAGAGCAAGACCGCUGGAGCCUCAUCUCUCUCUCCAACAACAAUGGGCGCAACGUGGAGCUGAAGUUUGUGGACACAAUACGCCGGCAGUUUGAGUUCAGUGUGGACUCCUUUCAGAUUGUGCUGGACUCCAUGCUCGUCUACUACGAGCUGGCACAGACGCCAAUGACGCAGGCCUUCCACCCGACUGUGAGCGGGGAGAGCGUGUACGGGGACUUCAGCAUGGCGCUGAGCCACCUGCGCAACAAGCUCAUUGCCACCAAGCGGCCUGAGGAGAUCCGGGGCGGCGGCCUUCUGAAAUACUGCAAUCUGCUAGUGAGGGACUUCCGGCCGGCCAGCGAGGAGGAGUUCAAAGGCCUGGAGCGGUACAUGUGCUCACGCUUCUUCAUUGACUUCCCUGAUCUUGGUGAGCAGCAGCGCAAGGUGGAGGCCUAUCUUCAGAGCCACUUCAUAGGCGAGGAGAAGAGCAAGUACGACUACCUCAUGAUCCUGCGGCGAGUGGUGAACGAGAGCACGGUGUGCCUCAUGGGUCACGAGCGGCGGCAGACCCUCCACCUCAUCUCGCUGAUGGCCUUCCGGGUACUGGCAGAGCAGAACGCCAUCCCAGACGCGUCCUGUGUCACCUGCUACUAUCAGCCAGCUCCAUACGUCCGAGACCACAACUUCAGCAACUACUACGUGGCCAACCAGAACAUUCCAACAUGGCUGCCAUGUAACUGAGUCAAGAACCACGUGAAAGGAUGUAGAAGAGGGCACGGCCACUGCUGCGUUUGAAAAUAGAGGAAUAGCAGAGAAAAAAAACAAAAAAAAAAUGAUAUAGAGGCAAUUGAUAUAAAGUUCCUCUCAAGGCACAAUUAUAUUUAAGUGGACAAGUGUUUUUGCUUUGUUUUUGCAAUCCUUUCUCAUUCCUUAUCUACAGAGGCGUCUAGGUCAUUGAAUAGAAAGUGAUAUUUUUAAGUGUUAUUUAGAUUUCUCUCUAAUGUUUGGUUGUUUCCCUGUUUAUCAACUUUAUUCUUAAUGGAGUUCUGUUUUGUGCCUUAACCUCCAGCUUUAUCUCCCAAUUAUUUAAGUAUACAGGCUGUUUUUUUGUAGACAGGGAAUAAGAAAACGUUAUAGCCUGAAUUUGGUGUCCCAAAAAUUUUUUGAAAAAACGGAAAUAAUGACAAAAUGCUGUUAUUGGGAAGAGACGAUAUAAAAUGUUUCAGCUCAAUUAGAAAAAAAAAAACAGCACUGGUGUUAAGCACUUGGGAAUAAUGUAAGGGAUGCAUGACAAAUCCGAAAUGAAUGGGAAGCGAGACUUAGAUUUGUUUUAAUGGAUUUUGUAAAUAUCUCUCACAGACAAACUCUAAUACGCCGGCAGUGCCUGUGAUUUGUGAAUAAGCAAACAAAAUGUAUAUUUUUUUAUUUUCCACUGUGAAUUUCAGGACAGGACGAGCUCCCCUCCUCCCCCGUUCUCCUGCUUACUCAGUCCUGUACUUUGAGUUUAAAACUGCAGUAAGACCGCGUAGGCCUCCGACUGAGGAGGAGUGAGGAGCUUAGUUUUUUAAGUCACUGCCAAUGCUUCACCAGUGACCUCCACAUGUCAAAAUCCUGGCUUUUGCAGGGUGGGUGUGACUGACGCAGUGAACGCUCUGGGACUGUCCUUGUUGCCUGGAGCCAGAACCGGCUGGGAGUCCUGCAGUGACUGUCCCUUCCCUUAAAAGGAGCAGCACAUGGUGGGCCCUGCAGGGUCGUCCCUCACAGCCAUUGCAGGCUCGACGGCAGCCCUGAAAUGGGAUCCUCCUCUGACGCAUCACAGCAACUAGCUCUCAAAAUAAAGGCUGGCUAUAAUUAUCCUUUUUUCAGUUUUUCCUGGGGGAGGUGGGAAAGGGAGCCAGUGUGCCAGCAGCAGCAGUACCGCCACCUUCAGUGUGGGAAGGGCAUACAAUCAUUUCCUGGUCCCUGCUGGGACCACCAGUGUUUGAACACCUUUUGUGGUCAUGGACACCAGUAGAGUUUGGUAUGUUUAGAGAAAUGCCAACGUGUCUGCUGGAGGGACACCACCCCCCCUAGUGAAGUUUGCUUUAUCCUGGAAGCUACAACUGAUUCGAGCUACGAGGCCGCACCCCCUUAUUCUGAAUUUCUAUUUCUGGCCAAACUUAUUAUUAGCUGUGAAUUUUGAACAUUUGCAGUGUGGUGUUACGAGCAGAUGGGCUGAGCUCUGACCCAAACCAUUCAUCUCUGCUCUUUGCGAUCCUGACGUUGCAGCAUCCAUGUCAGAGUUGUUCUUAAACUCCUUACAUAGUGGCAGCCGCAGUGUAGUAAGCCCCCACUUCUUUGAAGCCGUAGUUCGCUCGCUGCAUUGCUGCUGCUACUCGUCCCCCUGCAGCACAUGUUUACCGCAGAUAACCAGGAGCGACUGUUAUCUGGCUGGCUCACAGCUCCUGGCUGGUUGAGAAUGGUCAGUGGAAAGUCUACUCGGCCUCCUCUGCAGUUCACGCCCAGGGCAGGGGCAUGCCGUGCUGACUCAGCGGCUGAGCUUUGGUGUAGGAACUGCCGUAGUCUUUAACAAGUGAGGUGCCACACACUCUAACUCUGGACCAAAGGCUGCUUAAAAACCAGCAACUGAAGCAAUCAAGUGCCUUUUCACUUUUUUGAAAAUGAUGUAGCCUUUUAAAGUUUUUGUUUUUAUGGUGAUCAGGAGGGAAAGUGUUGGCAAAAGGUUAUUUUAUUUUCAACCCCAGUUAAACCUAAUCAUGACAACUGUCAUUGCUGUAUUAGAUCCUGGUUUCUGGGGAAAUGCUCAUGUAUUUGGUUGGGGAGUAAAAUGUCUUUGGUUUGAAUUUGAAAUUUGAGUGUUUUGUUUCUUUCUUUUUAGUAUCAGUCCCACACAAUUCUGUGCCUUGAAACCCCUCCUGUGUUGUCAUUCCUGUCUGCCAUUUUGUUUCACUCUCUUUUUUGUCGUUUCCUGCAGUCUCUGGAAGCCAUGUUGACUCCAGUCUUGCAUCGGCACAUUUGAGAUCCAGCUUUUGAUUCAUUGUGAUCAUCUAAACAGAUGUUCCAUAUUUACAUCUUUUUGAUUUAAAAGUCGGCCAAUCAUUUAGCUCUGACUAAAUUUAGUUUUUUUUUUUGUUCUUUUGCUGACAGUUCUCUCCAGAUCCGAACCAAUGCAAUACCUGAAGUGCACUGACGAGCCGCUCUGUGGCACAGUAGCUAGAGGUUCCCCAGCAGAGAGCCGGUACUCACAGACGCACUUUAAAAAGGGGCCUUGUUUUACAUUUAACCCAGCCACCUGAGAGGAAUGUAAAUAAGCUAAUGUUGUCAAAUGCUGAGGGAGUUGAGCUGGUUCUCAGGGACAUAGUGUGUUGAUGAGGGCUUUGUUUUUGUCCCCAUUUAGUUUUUGGGACGAUGAGUUGGUUUGAUCUCCCCCUGACAUAAAGACGGCACCUCUUACUACUCGCCUUUAUCUUCUGUCUUUCGUGUUUUCUCUCUGACUCUCCUCGUCUUAGCUGAAUUUAAUGUUCUCAUUCGGGUCAAUCGGACCCAAUUGCUCCCCCCUGUAACCAUCCUAUUGAGGCCACAUUCAGAACCAGAUUUCCGGUUAUGCCGCGGCUCACAGCUGCAGGUUGAUGUCUGCAGUGUGUGGCGAGGACGAGUCUCUUCUCAGGCCUCCAUGUUCUCAUCGCUCGCUUAAUAUCGUUGCGCUCGAGGUCAGAAUAAAACACAAGAGAUACAAACUAAGAUUAACGAGACAUUCAAUGGUGAACCAGCCUGGAAUGUUAAUCCUGUGUGUGUACACAUUAACUUCACAUGUUUACGGUUAUUACAACUUUUUUUUCUCUGACGAUUGAAGUUUCUGUUGAUGAAAAUAAUGAAAGCUUUAUAUAGGCAGCAGGGCUCGUACGAAAUCAAUUCCUUCGUCGGUGUUGGCGUAUGUAUUUAUGUCGCUGUAAAAACUGUGUGAAGGAUGGUAAGAGGAUGAAGUGUAUUUUUUUUUUUUGUCUAUUAGUUUUUCUGACCCCCACUUCUUUUUCUGCUGCAAACUUGUCAGUGUUGUCAAUCCUGUUGCUUCUCACUCACCUCGCCUUUUGGUGGUCCAGUUGUUUGGGCCUUUGUUUAUCAGUGCAGUGUGUUGUGGGUGUCUUUCUUCCCAGCACCUGUAGAUGUAUCCUUUGCUGGGAGAGGACGGUGUGGAGGAAGCUGUGGAUUAGAUAUUCAGUCUUGCGCCAUAGGACUGAAAGAGGCCAUGUGGACGCUCUCCUACAGUUUGUGUUGCGAGUCGUGAAGCCUUUGUUUCUUUUUGCAGCAGAUUUGUGUAUACGUUCAUGCGUGGAUUUGUGUGCUCGUUUGCAUGGGUGUAUGAUGGGAUGCUUGUGGAUGUUUAAGUGGGGGGGGAUAAGAAAUUAGUGGCACUAUAUAUAUAUUAUUUUUGAAAUAGUUAAUGCAAAAGAGCUUUUGUCAGCUUUGUGAUUGUGACAGUGACUUUGAUGGUUACGAUCAUUAUACUAUUUCAUUUAUCAGCACUUUUACCUCACUUGAGUUUUUCCUUUGAAUGGAAAUGUACGUGUACAUCAGGAAAAUGUGUUUGAAGAAGAAAUAAUGAAUAAAGAAUAUUAAAUGCA